UCAUUUAUGGAAGGCAACUAGUGGGCUGUAUGGUGAAUGUAUGUUUAGUUUUUUAAGAAAGUGACAGCAUGUUGGAUCAUGUUUUUAAUCCUCUCUUCCAGGUGGGUGGUAGAAAUUCAGGUUUCCUACUUGGCCUCAGCUGAUACCCGUGGGGUGGUGGAGAAGGGCAUCUCGCUACAGCUUGGAGAGUGGGAGAUUGGGGUCCCUACUGUGCCUCCACUGACACCACCCUGCAUGAGAGGGGGAGGGGCCCUCCUUACUGCUCCCCAUAUGAUCUCUGCUGACACCAUGGGGGUGGGGUGGGGGCGUGCUCAUCACCACUGGAAGGUGGCGAAAGUCCUGGCUUCCCAGAACUCGGAGUUCCCUGACACUGCCCUGAUGCCCUGAUGGCGGGGCUGGGAGGACGCCUCAUUCCAGCCAGGUGCAAACGGAAGUUGAGGCCUCCACUUCGCCUCUGCUGAUAGAAGUGGGGCGGGCUGCUGUGCUCUCUGUAGUGUUUGGGUGGAGGGGCUGCCCCUUUCUUGAUCCUUUACUUAGCUGGCUAGCUUCUCUUGGUGUUUUUUCCUUUCCUUUUUUGUCUGUGCUGUUGAUGUUUCUGGACUGGGUGCUGGCUUCUCCAGAGCCCAGCCCAGGAUAAAUGAGAUAAAAAGCAACCCAGACAAACCCAGACUACUGUGUCUUUCCUCAGAUCUUGAGUUUCCUAGCUAAUCUUCCUUCUUCUCUCCACUUUUUCAGAAUUUUCUUAUGUUGCUGUACAUAUAAUGCCCAGGGUUUUAGCACUUAGCAAGAAGAAUAGGGAGAAGUGAGUCUAUUCCAUCUUGAUCCAGAAUCAGAGGUCGGCAAGGGCUUUUAAAUGGCCAUUUCUCCUCUAAGAACAUAAAUCUGAUUGUGUCUCAACCCUUCUUGAAAACCUCCUUUUCAUAACUCCCAACUGUCCGAAGGACAAAAUCCCAGCCCCUUAACAUUGACUUUGAAGGCUCUUCGCUAUUUCACCACAAGUAAAAACAGUCAUAUCUUCAGCAACUCCUCACUGUGCAUGUGUGCUCUCCAGCUACACAGAAUUUUUUAUGCACCAUCUCUUAAAUAGACCACGCUUUUUCAUGCUCUGCUGUUUUGCACAUGCCUGUGUCCAUGCGCUCUGUUGGUCCUACCUUUCUCUUCUUCUCUACUUCGCACGCGCCCAGCUGUGCUUCACAUCUGCUUCUCAUAUUACCUACUGUGGAGCAUCUCAAGCCUCUUCCAGGGUCAUCUGAUCCUUUCUCAGGGCCUCCUUAGGAGGAUGAACAUACCUCUUUAACCUGUUUCUUGUUUGAGUCAACCUGUUCCUCUAGGGCUCUUUGAGGUGGAAUUACAUCCCUAUACAUGUCUGUCCCAUUCAACUGUGACUCCUUUGAGAUUAGGGGCUGUGCCUCUCUCAUCCUGCCUGGCACAUAGUUGGCACUCCAAAAGUGUUGAUUAAAUGAAUAUAUUAAUGAAUUGUUACUUUCAGAUACUAGAGCAACCAAAACUUGUCCUCAGCUUGUGUGAACAGACUACCUGAGUCUGCCUUUUAUCGUUACCUUAUAUUCCUUUUUAUUUUUCCCCCUGAACAAAGCAACUUUGGGAGACCAUAAUAGUUUAACCACUUGCCCAAUCUGCUCCUCCCUUCCCAAGGACUGCCUCCUUUCAGGUUGUCCGUAUAUAUACCUGCUGCCACCCCGGUUGACUAUUUGAGAGCAGGACUGUCCCCUUGUUUGGCUGAUAGUGGUCCCCAAAGCCCAUUCUUCAGGCCAUUAUGAGCCAUCAGUCCAGUCUUGAAUAGACUGAAGCCCCUCCUUUUGACCAGUCGUAUCAAUGCUGGGGCUUUCUUUGCCAAGCCCUUCCGAAAAAUUGUCUUUUAUUGAGAAACAAAAUCUUUUUGGAUACAUGGGCACCUUGCUUAUUUAUCUUUUGAUUGUGUUGGCUGGAAGAAGUUUAAAAGCAAUUCUUCUUAGCAAGAGUUCAGCAUCUGAUAUAUUUGGGAUAAUAAUAGCUUCCUUCAUUUUUAUGACACUUUACUUAACCCAUACAUCCAUCCUUGUCAAGCCCAAAUUAUUCCACAUGUAUUAUCAUAAUGUUUACAAUAACUCAGUGAGUGAAGUUAUAUACACACACACAGAUACCCACAUACAUAUACAUUCACACACACACACACACACACACACACACACAGGAUAUUAAAGACUUUGCAGGUCAAAUCUAUUCUGUUACACCCAUUGAUACUUUUUAAGGACUCUGAUCCUUUGGCGCCUAUAUUUUGUUCUCAUUUUUAAUGGCCAUCUGUUUCCAUCAGUUGUAGUCAAUAUCUAAUCCUCCAGCUGUAUGUUUGCUCAUGCAAUAUAAUAAUUGCUCCACUUAUCAAACCUAUUUAAUAUGGCCAGACACUUUUUAUAUGCAUAAUUUUAAAUUCUUACAGCCACCUUGCAAGAUAAAUGUUAUUAUCCACAUUUUACAGAUGAGAGAACUGAGGUUCGGAGAAGUAGGAGAGCCAGAGCUGGCUCUGCCUCAAAACCCAUGUUCUUUUCACUACACUUGGCGUCUCAAUCAACAGGCCUAAUAUGAAAUUGAACCUUUAAAAGGUUGAGUAAUCCCAAUUUCUCCUAAUAUCUCAACUCCUACCCCACUAAUCAAGGGUCUGGGUUUUGACUCUAUCACAGAAAAAAUCGUGCUAUUCUCUGUUCAGUGAGACAGAAGUGGGAGAACGGAGAUGUGUUCAAAGAAUGAUGAUCGUGUGUGUGCAGGGAAACACGAGGGUUCUGCUGCCUAAUGGCUUGUCCUCGUGGCACUUGUUCUCACAGACUUUCUCAAGAAUUCAGGUCCCUGGGUCCCUUUGAAAAAACCAGGGAGGACACUCGUUGCUAUAUCUAGAAGGACCUAAACGGAUAACUGACUACCCAAAAAAGUCCCAUGGAUGGUCAAUGAAACUUGCUAGCAAUAGGAACUGGUAUUUGAUGGGUAAAAAGGUCAUUAUCUGCCGGCUCCUGUUUUCAGGUGUCUGAUACUAAGGCAUAGUAAGCAUUUUUGACCAAUUAUAGGGCUACCCACAAUAAGAACUAAGGCUCUCUUUCUUUAGUGUGUGGUUCAAUCGCUCAUCCCUUCCCUCCUUAUUGCCUUCAGAUACUACUGUCCACACCCUGCCAGGUAUGAGGAGGUAGCGUGUGAAGGGGGCCAGAUAACAGGAAGGUGAGUCGAGGGCAGAGAGCUUGUGUAGCUGAGUGAAAGAAGUAUCCUUCUUUGUCACUCCCCCAAGCAGCAGGAAGCGAGGAUACUGUCAGGUCACACACAGGAGCAAGUGAGGAACAUUGGUAGGACUGUCCCUGCUGCCAUCCUGGCCCCUGAAUUCACAGGAAGCCACUAGGACAAGGCAAAGACUGUCUCAGGACUGGCCCUGCUCCCAGCCACUCACUGGCACAGCAUGAAUAAGAGCCAUACCACCACGAGGGCGUAUUCUUUAUGCCUCUCUGAGGGUUCCAGCCACAGACAAGCAUGGUCCCCUGAGGGGCACAAACACAUCUUCUCCAGAGGGGCAUGUAAAAUGAGCGCUAAUGCGUCUUAUGCGUUGGCUUCUCUCUGUCUGGAAUGGAAAGAUAGACAUUCCCCACUACUGAAGUCUGGAUAGCACCCCUGGAGCCCUUGCUGAUAUCCACGUACUCCUCCCAUGUAGCUUCAAGUGACCUCAGCCGCUUCCCUGGCUCCUCUGUAUUCAACUUUCUCCUUCCCUCUAGUCCUUUGGACACAGGCAGCUCUCUUCCUGGUGAUGUCAGCUCAUUAUCCCAUUUUAUUUUCCACCCUUAAUCUGCCUUCUUUCAGGCCUAAUGUCUUUUGGGUGUUACUGACCCCAGAGCUGUCCAUCAUACGUUCUGGGACAGCGGGUGUCUGCUGGAAUUGUCCCAGGCAAACCAGCAUGGGUAGUCAGUCUUCUCAGAUGGAUAAUGCCCACCUCCCUGACCUGUAAGAACGAAAUGAAUGUACAUCUGGGCACCCUGUGUGGUAUAAUUAAGGGCUGAGUUAGCAGCUGGUAGCUGUGCUCUUCCUCAGUGUUUCAGCUCCAUACCUUAAACAACCCAGCACAGCUUCUUCCUUCUAUCCCCUGUCCCCUUUCCUUUGUAGUCGUCUACCUCCUGCCCUCUUCUGUUUGUUGCUGUCUUCAUUUCUGCCACGAGACCCCUGCCCCUGACUGCCUGGCGUUACCGGAGGGUUUUACAACUCUGUUUACCUCUUUUUGCCUGAUUCCGGGGCUGGUAGCGGCCAAGCCCACUCUCCUGGGUCUGAACCUGUUUGGUGUAGCCGUUACUGCCCUUCUCUGACCUUGCACUUUGGGUCUGGGCACUCCUAGGAGUGAGGGGCAGGGUGGGCUUAGGGCUGAAAUCUAUUUGCCCAGACAAGUUACUAGUUCACGUUCUAUUAACCAUUUUAUUCUCCAGGCCAAUGCUUCCCUCUAUAGUUAGUUCACCCUUGGGCUCGUAGACAAAGAUCUCACAAUCACUGCUUUUUACAGGUGGAAACAUACCCUGGAAAUCUUCAGGCUAGAGGUCUGCAGAGCACUUUUAACAGCACGGAACUCUGCCUCAGAGGGGCCCUUCACUGUUGCAUGGCUGCGGGCCUUCAGAAGGGAGAGCAGGAGUGGCCGCUGCACAAUCACCGUGGGGAGUAGAGGCGGGGCGGGGGGUAUCAGUCUCUCCGUGGACGAGGUGCGGUAGGGUCUUGCCUGGCUCACUGCGUGAUCUGGAAUCUGAGUGGGAAAGUCCCUGUUGGGACACCUACGCUCCCAGGGGGCGCUGGCACUCAAAUCAGCGUCCUGUGGGACGCUGGCCCUCCAGCCUGCCUCAGUUUCCCGAUCUGUGUCUGCGCCACAGCUAAUCAGGAUAGGAAGGCACUGCAGGAGCAGCCGAGGGCAGACGGAAGGUCACGCAGAGCUGACUGAAUCUAGGAUCGCAGCUUUCGGUUCCCCGGAGGGAAGUGAGCCGACAAGCGCAGGCCAAAGGAGAGGCCCCAGAGGCUCGGAGGGCCGCGGGUCCCUAGCCCGGAGGCAGAGAACGAGAAAAGUCCGUGCUCGAGGCCGGCCGGAGGAUGGGCAGUGGGCGUGCACUUUGCGCUCGGCCGGGCCCGAGGGCGGUCAGGCGCAAGGGGGCGGGGGCUGAAGGCCACGGUUUGCGGCGUCGGGGCGGGCCGGCCGGCGGGGCAUUUAAACUCUGGGGACUGCCAGCUCGGGGCGCGUGCCCAGCUCUGCAUCCUCCUCUGCUUCGGCUUCGCUUCGGGUAUCGCCGGGCAAGAUGCGGUCUUCCUUGGCGCCGGGCGUCUGGUUCCUCCGCGCCUUCUCCAGGGACAGCUGGUACCGAGGCUUCAUCCUGCUGAUCACUUUCCUCAUCUACACCUGUUAUCACAUGUCCAGGAAGCCCAUCAGUGUCGUCAAGAGCCGUCUGCACCACAACUGCUCAGAGAUGAUCCAGCCCAUCAGCGACACCCACAGGCUCAACGACACCACGUGGUGCAACUGGGCCCCAUUUGACCAGAGCAACUACAAGGAACUCCUGGGGGCAGUGGACAACGCCUUCCUCGUGGCCUAUGCCAUUGGCAUGUUUAUCAGUGGCAUUUUUGGGGAGCGGCUCCCCCUCCGUUACUACCUUACAGCCGGAAUGCUGCUCAGCGGCCUUUUCACCUCGCUCUUUGGCCUGGGGUAUUUCUGGAACAUCCACGCGCUCUGGUACUUUGUUCUUAUCCAGAUCUGCAACGGACUCGUCCAGACCACGGGCUGGCCCUCCGUGGUGACCUGUGUGGGCAACUGGUUCGGGAAGGGGAAGCGGGGGCUCAUCAUGGGCAUCUGGAAUUCCCACACAUCCGUGGGCAACAUCCUGGGCUCCCUGAUCGCCGGCAUCUGGGUGGAUGAGCAGUGGGGCCUGUCCUUUGUGGUGCCCGGCAUCAUCACCGCCGUCAUGGGCCUCGUCACCUUCUUCUUCUUAAUUGAAUACCCAGAGGACGUGGACUGCUCACCGCCUCAGCACCACGGUGAGCUGGAAGAGAACGUGGACAACGCUGAGGACCCUGGCAAUGGACCCCACUCUAACAGAGAGAACGGCCUGGAGUCUGCCGUCACCUUGUCCAAGGAGCCAAGUGCUCAGCCCGCUGCCAUCAGCUUUUUUGGGGCGCUCUGGAUCCCGGGUGUGGUUGAGUUCUCCUUGUGUCUGCUGUUUGCCAAGCUGGUCAGUUACACCUUCCUCUACUGGCUGCCCCUCUACAUCUUCAAUGUGGUUCACUUUACUGCCAAGGAGUCCGGGGACCUGUCCACGCUCUUCGAUGUUGGUGGCAUCGCAGGCGGCAUCCUGGCGGGGCUCAUCUCUGACUACACCAAUGGCAGGGCCACCACCUGUUGCGUCAUGCUGAUCUUGGCUGCCCCCAUGAUGUUCCUGUACAACUACGUUGGCCAGAGUGGGAUCAGCAUCUCCAUAGUAAUGCUGCUCACCUGUGGAGCCCUGGUCAACGGUCCUUAUGCCCUCAUCACCACUGCUGUCUCGGCUGACCUGGGGACUCACAAGAGCCUGAAGGGCAACGCAAAGGCGCUCUCCACUGUCACGGCCAUCAUCGACGGCACUGGAUCCAUAGGUGCGGCUCUGGGGCCUCUGCUGGCCGGGCUCAUUUCCCCCACAGGCUGGAACAACGUCUUCUACAUGCUCAUCACUGCCGACAUCCUGGCUUGCUUGCUCCUCUGCCGGUUGGUGUACAAAGAGAUCCUGGGCUGGAGGUCAUCCCUGAGUAGAGACAGAGGCUCUAGUGUGGCCCUAACCCACGCGCGGUAGUAUUUUCCUCAAGUCCCGUGACUUUUGUGAGUAUUUUCUUCAAGUCUGUAACUACUGUGCCCUUAGAGUGCAUGCAAAGCCUCUCUCCUCCAGUGCGAUUUCUCUGACUUUCGCUUUUUCCUUGGGGGCCAGUUCCAAAGGCUCUGAGUCUGGACGCGGUGUGGUGCUUGGGAAGUGUUUCCUAAGGGGCCGGAGCUGCUGUGAAGGUUGGCAGCCUCUCCUCCUUAGGGAGAGCGAUAGGGCUUUGGACGUAGACCCCAGGACAGAGGGGGCAGCAUCCAGGGAAAUCGUUUUCCCUCUGAACUUGGACUCUGAGCCGUCUGUGCCUCCCGAAGUUCAGAAGCCAAGGGCAUCUGGCCCCUCUGCCUGGGGUGUGCGGACAAAAGCAGCUACCAAGCAAAGCCUCUGGAGCAAAACCCAAAGCUGGCCUGCUGUGCUCUCUGCCUGUUGCCCAGCAGUGGCGGGUGUGGGGGCCGCGCAGAUAGGCCCGUGGCUGAGGCAGGGCGCUAGAGGCUGGGCUGCGCGGCUGGUGCUGGGGUUGGCAAUGUUCUCUCGUGGCCUUUCUGGCUCUCCUUAGGAAGCUCUUGCUAAUGAGAAGCUGCCGGAGCGAUGGACCUGGUCUGGAUGGUAAAUGUGAGGAAGAGCCCACUGGGGUCAUGGUAACCAGCACUGUAUCUGGGGAAGAGCUUCCCUUUGAGGAAGGCAUCGUCCGGGUUCAGGGGGAGAAGAAUGCAGGGCAGGAGGCAUUAACAGAGUCUGUGCCCUGCCCUGCCCUCUGGAGGGGGAGCAGUGGAUGGCACCUCACGUGACCAGUGCCCCCUCCACCUGCUGUCCCCCGGCCAGGCCUGGGGGGACAUUGGGAGGAGAGGAAGUGAUGCAGAAAGGGAAAAGAAUGGGUGCGUAGUAAGCGUCUGCUCUGGGGGUGAGCUGUACUGGCUUCCCUCUCAGCAGCCUUGAGAGGUAGAUGUUCUCACUUAGAGGUGAGAGAACAGACGCUCGGAGCUCAUGGAACAUACCUCAGGCCUUUAGCUAGUCCCAGCAGAGCCUGAGUUUGACCCCAGGUGUGCGGGCUUGGCUUCUCUCUGCAUCCUCAGCGGGUCCUUCUCUGAGGAAGGCCUGUGUGGGAGAAGCAGAGUCACUUGCUUGGGCAGAGGGAGCCUGGGGCUUGAAACCAGAAAUGCUGGACAAUCCUGACUUCUCUGCUCACCUGCUUCUGUAGAGCCUUGGGCACCUUCUCUGAAUGUCCGCGUCCUUGUGUGUCAAAUGGGGCUGCUCGUUUCUAAAUACCUGGUAGGGCUGAUCUCAGGCUGCGACAAGCUGGGUAUGUGGUACUGCUUUGCAGAGUGGUCAAACGCGGUACAGGCAUUGUAAGGUUUUUCACGUUAUUCUGGCUUGGUGUUCCCUGCUUGCUGAAGAGGUGACAGGGAGCCCUAAUGAUAGCGAACGGGAUGAAAGGCAAUUAUUAAGGGACCCUCGGGACCUGCCUUCCCCGUCCCCACCGUUGGGGACGUCCUCACUUUCUCUCCCAUUGCCUCUCUGCUCCUCACGCAGGUAUAGAGAAAUGUGAGGACCCGAUCGCAGCAGAAACUUGGAGGGCCCUCGCCGGGUCCCACAGUGCACCCCCCCAGGAGGCCGAGGCAAAGCCUCUGGGCCCAACACCAGCCAGCGCAGCCCACGAGGCUUCCACGGGCUAGGAGACUCUCCACUGGAAGGGGACCACCAAGCUUGAGGCCACGGAAGACUCAAGGGCCUUGUUGGAGGACGGAGGGGACGCAAAGUGCCCACUGAACUAAGGCACCUUGAGACCAAAAAAUGAGGGGGCAGCUCCAUGUGAUCAAGACCAGUUUAGUAUAGGGUCACUUACAGGGUGGGUUGGGGCUCGGGCUCAGGUGGACAGCGGUCUGGGAGCGCUCCACACCACCAGGGGUCCAUCAGGACAGUUUUAUAGUUAACCUGGGGCAGGGGGGCGGGUACUUGGAAACAGGACAUGCAUUCUUAAAAUUUAUGAAUGGGUAACUAGUCUUGUGGCUGCCGGGAAUACGUCAGGGGAGGUUUUCAUCAUUGUUUGGGGACUAACAGAGCAUAGAGGCUGCCUGGUCCUAAAGAUUAUUAAACAAUAUCUAUUAACUACAAAGCCCUUGAUGACAGAGAAGUGAUUUACCGCACAGUAUACGGUCCUGGCUAGGGGGGCGGAAGGAGAGGAGGAGCUGUAAAGGCCCCGAAGGCAUCAGUUGCAGCGACAGCGAUAAAGGCCUGAGCUCUGGAGGCCGCCAGUGGAAGGGAUCAGGGCUGAGUGGUGUCUGCAUUUUGGUACAAGAAGGGAUAUGCUCAGACUCCUGCUUGUUCAGAUUCCAAGUCAGAAGGCAGAGGUUCAGCAGGGCCGAGGCCUGGGAAAAGCGUGUCUCUCCUUCUCACGCUAAACGUGAACCUCUGUAAUCAGCCUGUACCUAGAAGUGGCUAUUUCAGAGCCACCCGGCCUCUCUUUGUCCCUUUGUCCACAAGCCAGCUUUCUCUGUGUGUUUCCCCACGUUGGCACUCCUCCAUCUACCCUCCAUUUGAUCCUGUUUCUAACUCCUGACCCAUUCUGAUUAAAGCGUGAUUGCUGUAUCCUCCAGGGCAGGACUAGGGAGAGAGGGGAGGUGUCACUCCCGACUGUGAGGGCCCCUUGCCUGCUCUUGUCCCAGCCCUCUGUGUCCCCAGGGAAGAUGGCUUGUCAGGGCAGUGCUGCUGUAGGGGAAGGGUGGGGCGGAGGGCAUGACCAAAGUACCAGUCAUGUUAUUAAAUAUUUUGAUAAUGAAAUGCCAGUGGUUACCGAGUGCUCACUGUUUGCCAGCUGUGCUCUAGGAAUGGAGUAGGUAGUGGACACAGAAAAAGGACUGACACCCUAAGCACAGGCACUGGGGUGACGUGACUAGCAAGGUGGGAGGGUGCUGCUGGCUUCGUUCAGGCAGCUGUUACGUGUGCAGCUCGCAGCCCCCUGCAGCUGGCCUCUCCCGCGUGUUCUGGCUGCCCCAAACCCUUGGGUCUGCCAGCGCUUGGCAUUUCUGUCUGCCCUCUGAAGCUGCCCAUUAAGCCCCGAUAUAGAUGUCGCCAGCUGUGCCUGUGCUCGUCCUGUCAGGGCUCAUGUGGGCCGCUGAGGCAGCAUCCCAGGGCCACAGGGUGGUGUGCUGGGGAGCUGACAACUGGCGUGCCCAGAGGACGCAGUCGUGAGGACACCGGGACCCGCGGGCGAGCCUGUGGGCAGUUCAUGGGCGGGAUACAAAUCCCUCCAAGCUGAGACAGGUUAUACACACGCCAAUGGUGACAAAUAGCAAGUCUCAAAGUGCCCGAGACCCACUCUGGCUUUAAAAGCAGGAGUCAGUUGGGAUGUCAAAGUCCUCAGGCCCCCAGGGCGGAGCUGCAGCUCAGGUUCAAGAAUGCGUCUCUCAAGAUCAGGUUUACCUGGGGCUUCCC